AUGGCAUUUGUAAAGGUUGUGAAGAAUAAGGCAUAUUUUAGCAGAUAUCAAGUUAAACCUCGCCGUCGUCGUGAAGGCAAAACUGAUUAUCAGGCUCGUCGUGCCAUGAUUACUCAAGAUAAGACGAAAUAUAAUUCCCCCAAAUAUCGUCUUGUGGUAAGAAGUACAAAUAGAAGAGUGAUAUGUCAGAUAAUAUCAUCUACUAUUGAGGGGGAUCGUGUUCUUUGUCAAGCAGACUCUACUGAGCUAGUACAUUAUGGUGUCCCAGUAGGCUUUUCGAACUUUUCAGCUGCAUAUUGCACGGGUUUGUUAUGUGCCAGACGUGUACUCAAGAAAUUGAGUAUGGAUACUAUAUUCAGUGGUGUAGGUGAAAUAACAGGUGAUGACUAUCAUGUCGAGGAGGAUGCGGAAGAAAGGAGACCAUUUAAAUGUAUCUUAGAUGUAGGUUUAGCAAGAACAACAUGUGGCAAUCGUGUAUUUGCAGCUAUGAAAGGUGCUGCGGAUGGUGGGAUAUAUAUUCCCCACUCACCAUCUCGCUUUCCGGGGUAUGUUAAAGGGGAAGGUGAUACUGAAGAUUCAUUUGAUGCAGAAGUUCUGAAGAAUCGUCUAUUAGGUAAACAUGUUGCUGACUAUAUGAGGACUUUAGAAGAAGAAGAUCCAGAUAAGUAUCGAAGUCAGUUUUCUCAGUACAUUAAGGCCGGUAUCACUGCUGAUAAUUUAGCUGAUAUGUAUAUUAAGGCUGUUAAGGCAAUCCAUGUUGAUCCAACUCACAAGAAGAAGGAGAAGAGAAAAGUCCCGAAGACAAUUAUUGGGAAUGUAGUUAAGACACCUCACUCUCAAUAUGUACGUCAUGUUAAAUUAACUAAGGAGCAGAGAAGAGAACGUGUGCAGAAGAAAAUAGAAUUAGUAGCCCAAAUGGCUACCGAAGAGUAA